AACAAAGCAAUAUUAUGAAGUAUGUCAUUUUGUCAGUUCAUUUUGCACAGACAACAAGGUUAAUAAUAUGGAGAACAAACAAGACGAGGUAGACGUCAUGAAUAUUGAUUCCAAUAUAGAAGAUUGGAAUAUGUUUACAUUCGAAAAGGAUCAACGUCGAUCUUCUCCAACAAUUUACUCAAGUUUAUCUCCCAACGUUCCAAGUUUGACUUCUGUUUCUGUGAAUCCGGAAACUACUAAUAUGCCAAACGAUGAUCAUGCAAGAGUUGAAAAAGCGGAGAAUGUGCCAAGAAGAAGAAGACCGGACAUAUCCUCAAUAGAAAGAUUAAAUGAAUCUCCAGUUGCUAGCAGUUCAGUAACUAGAGAUCAUGCAAGAUUUGAAAGACCGGAGAAUGUGUCAAGAGGAAGAAGACCGGACAUAUCCUCAAGAGAAAGAUCAAAUGAAUCUCCAGUUGCUGGCAGUUCGGUAACUAGUGAUAAAGACCGCGGGGAACGAGGGCUGGUGCAGCUCGUAAACAGGAGAGGUUCAUGUGAUUUUUAUUUAGACUAUCGGCUGCACAAUACAACUGGAGGAAAAGAAGAAGAUAUUGAAGGAAGGAAUGUGACCAUUUGCUAAUCGCGAAGAAUUGAAGAAUUGUUAUUUUAAUUGAGCAAAAAUUGUAUUAUUUUAAAAGUUAUU